AUUAUUAUUAUUAUUAUUAUUAUAGACUAGAUAGCAUAACUCAGUUCUAUAGUCACUACACUAGCACUAAGUUUCUUAGUAACUAGGUGAAUCGUUUGUAUUGAGUGUGAGAAUUCUUUUUAGUAAGGAUGCAUCAUUUUGUGUUUUAUUAUUUUAUUCAAAUAAUGCAUUAUGGUAUUAGUUUAAAAUUGUCUUGUUGUUUUAGACUGUAACUAGGAGGUCGCCAAAUUCCUCAGUACUAAUUGAUGUGAUUUCAAAUAACACGGAAGAAUUAAGCAGAGAAUUGAUGUCGUUGGGUUUGGAAUCAUCAAAAUGCAAUCACAUCGUUGGCCAUGUUCAGAAAAAUAUGGACAAUGUAGUAAACACAGAUACUAAUGCUUAUGAAUCCCAGUUAGAUUUUGACAAGAAAACAACUUGUUUGACUCCACAACGUGGUAUCGAUUCUCCUAUUUCUGGGAUAAUGGACGUAUCUGAUCAUAAUGAAUUGCCAGCGAAUCCUGAAUGCUCCAAGGAUGAUUCUAAUCAAUCUCAAAAUGACAGCCAACUUCAAUAUUCUUUUCCUCCCACUAUUAAUACAGUGACUUAUGAACUUCGCCGUCGGGUACUAAUACGUGCUAAUCAACGUAUUGCUUUAAAUCCAUCAUAUUCUUUAAACAAUUCAACUGAAAGUCUUACCGGUCAUAUUAACUGUCAUCAAAGCAUGCCAUCAUCAUUAUCUGUACAGUUACCAUCAUCUGAAUGUCAAGAGAUUUGUAUUCCAGAUAAUAAUCAUUCCUUACAUUAUUUCAAUUCAAAUUCUAAUACCACAAUGUCUCUAUCAGACUCUAUAUUACGUUAUUGUGUUUCUGAAAAACCUAACACCGAUGAAACCAACGCAAACGAUCACUCAUUAUCUUGUCCAUGUGGAAAUCCUCAGAGCUGUCCAUUAUCUGAACAGAAAAUUGAACGCUUGUGUAAAAAUCCUUGUAUAAUUCAUGGUUUCACAAUUCUUUCCGCUAUGUUUCGUGGUCGACUCAUUAGACGACUAUUAGCUACACGGAAAGUUCAUGAGUUAAUACGUACUGUAAAAGAUACGGCUAAAUUAAUUUUAUCUAUACGAUUAUACCAAACAAAUAUAUCAUUUCAAUCAGAAUUUAUAUCAACUAAUAAUGAAUUAUUAUUAUUAGAAUCAAAAUUAUUAAUACAACUUUAUAAUAUACUUAAUGAAAUCCAUGAAAUCUUCUUUAAAUGGUCUAUAACUAAACAAAUUUCACUUAUAUCUAAUUCUAAUAUAUCAUCAUAUAGAAUGGAUCAUUCAUUAACAAAAUUAACUAAUCAAACAUCAACAAAUUCAUUACGUAUCCUUCGACAGUUGCAACCUCAUCAAGUCAAUUCCUUACCUAAAAAUAAACAGAUCAACGACAACGCAAAUGGCGAAGAAAAAAAAUCAAACAUUCCGAUUAUUUCUAAUAAACAAUUUAAACAAAAUCUUUAUCACCCUAUUAUUAAUAAUAAUAAUAACAAAUUAAUCAAUAAAUUCUCCCCUAAACAACAAUUAACUCAUAAUGUAAAUAAAACUCAAUUAAAAAAUAAUCAAAAAGAAUGUUAUAAACAACAAUCAAUAUUUAAUCCAUUUCUAGAAUCUACUAUAAACAAUUCAACUUAUUAUAAAUCAAUCAAUAAAAAUAAUCAAUAUAUUACAAGAUCAUUAUCAAAACAAUUGAAUCAAUUAGAAAAUAAUUCAUUGUCUAAUAUUUGUACAUUAAUUUCAACUAAUAAUACAUCAAAUAUUAAAAUUAAUAGAUCAUCAUCAUCAUCAUCCGUAAGAAAGAAUUUUAUUAAUCGAACAAAAUCAAUCAAACCGAAAAUUAUUCGUCAUUUCAGUAACAAAAUUGAUCUAAUCCAAUAUAAUAAUAAUAAUAAUAAUAAUAAUAAUAAUAAUAAUAAUAAUACAUCAACAAUUGACUCAUUGAGUAGUAAUAAUAAAAAUGAUCCUCUAAAUAUAGUUAACAGUGAACUGGAAGCAGAUUCAAAAAAUGAUCAAUAUACUUCAAGUAAGAAUAGGAAAAAUAAUGCAUUAAAAAGUACUAAAGUCAGUACUGAUAUAAAUAAUUUUCUAAACACUAAAACAAUUCAUACUGAAAAAUGCCUUGAAACUGUUGUUGAAGAGAAAAGACUGUCAACUUCAUCAAAACAAGUCAAUAGUUCAACGCUAUCACAAUAUGAAACUAUUUUACAUGACCCAUUAAUUAUUAAUGAUAAUAAUAAUAUAUCAGUUCAAAGAUGUUUUCCUGUGAAACGUCGUAUUCUAUCUAGAAAACUUCAAAAUGAUCCUUCAAAUACUCCUGUUCAUGUUAGUACUCAAAAUAAUUCUUUAAAUUCUACUUGUAAUAAUUAUGUAUCAUUUCUCAUACAAGAUAAUCAAUCAAUAAAUCAUACUUUACAUUCUAAUGAUAAUAAUAACGAAAUCAAAUAUAAUUACAAAUUUUCAAAUAAUUUAUGUCAAAAAGAUUCUGAACUACGUGCAACAUGGACUUUAGAUUCAAAGACAUAUCCUUCUCUUACCAUAGAUACUACCAAUUUAUCUAAUUAAUGGACUAAAAUCACUAUGUUUAAGAGACGAUAUUACAGUUGUUUGUAUAUGAUGUUGUUAAUGAAUGAUCAUAAUCA